CGUUGGAGCGCGGCGCGCCCCAGUUGGUGCGGCGGAGGUGCUUUUUUGUGCGCGCGCGGGCACUAGCUGGAGCCGAAGCGCGCGCGGCGACGGCCGCCUGGAGGGGUUCCGGGUGUGUUUAUUUGCAUGCGCGGGCCCGCGUCGUCCCAGCGGGGCGGACUGGCGGGUUUUGACUGCUCUACGGUCCUGAGGCGGAGAGGCUGGCUUUAUUCCUGGGCAGAAGGGGUGAGGGAGCCGGAGGUGAGGCGUCUGGGCUGUCAGCGACCCGCGAGGACUUGAAGUAGACGGGGCGGCGUCCGGAGUGGCUCCGGGCUCCCGCCCGGGUGCAGCUGCAGCGGGAGGGAAGGAACGACAGUCCGAGUGGCCCUCCUUCCUUUGUGUCUGGGUUGGAAUACUCACCUCGGCGCCCCGGGACUGCGUGGGCCGCCUGCGGGGGUGACGCCUCCUCCGCAGGUCGGAGGUUCCCGGGGGUGUUCAGGUGCCUCCCCGCUGCUGAGGCCCAGCUCAUGGUUGACAGAGAAGGAAAAAUUUGAGGAAGGAUGGAUGCAAAAGCUCGAAAUUGUUUGCUUCAACAUAGAGAAGCCCUGGAAAGGGACAUCAAAACAUCCUACAUCAUGGAUCACAUGAUUAGUAAUGGAGUUUUAACAGUGUCGGAGGAGGAAAAAGUAAAAAAUGAGCCCACCCAACGGCAACGAGCAGCUAUGCUAAUUAAAACGAUACUUGAAAAAGAUAAUUAUUCCUAUAUAUCAUUCUACAAUGCUCUGCUACAUGAAGGGUAUAAAGAUCUUGCCUACCUUCUCCAUGGUGGCAUUCCUGUCAUCUCUUCUUCCAAUGGCAAAGAUUCAGUUGGAAUAACUUCAUAUGUAAGGACAGUCCUGUGUGAAGGUGGAGUACCACAGAGGCCCGUUGUUUUUGUUACUAGGAAGAGGCUAGUGAAUGCAAUUCAGCAGAAGCUCUUCAAACUGAGUGGUGAACCGGGAUGGGUCACCAUAUAUGGAAUGGCAGGUUGUGGGAAGUCUGUAUUAGCUGCAGAAGCUGUUCGAGAUCAUUCUGUCUUAGAAGUUUGUUUCCCAGGGGGUGUGCAUUGGGUUUCAGUUGGGAAACAAGACAAAUCUGGGCUUCUGAUGAAACUGCAGAAUCUUUGCACACGGUUGGAUCAGGAUGAGAAUUUCUCCCAGAGGCUUCCACUUAAUAUUGAAGAGGCUAAAGACCGUCUCCGCAUUCUGAUGCUGCGCAAACAUCCAAGGUCUCUGUUGAUCUUGGAUGAUGUUUGGGAUCCUUGGGUGUUAAAAGCUUUUGACAAUCAGUGUCAGAUUCUUCUUACAACCAGAGACAAGAGUGUUACAGAUUCAGUAACGGGUCCUAAAUAUGUAGUCCCUGUGGAGAGUGGUUUACGAAAAGAAAAAGGACUUGAAAUUUUAUCCCUUUUUGUUAAUAUGAAGAAAGCAGAUUUGCCAGAACAAGCUCACAGUAUUAUAAAAGAAUGUAAAGGUUCACCUCUUGUAGUGUCUUUAAUUGGUGCACUUUUACGAGAUUUUCCCAACCGCUGGGAGUACUACCUCAGGCAACUUCAGAAUAAGCAAUUUAAGAAGAUAAGGAAAUCUUCAUCUUAUGAUUAUGAGGCUUUGGAUGAAGCCAUGUCUAUAAGUGUUGAAAUGCUCAGAGAAGACAUCAAAGAUUAUUACACAGAUCUUUCCAUCCUUCAGAAAGAUGUUAAGGUGCCUACGAAGGUGUUGUGUAUCCUCUGGGAUAUGGAAACUGAAGACGUUGAAGACAUACUGCAGGAGUUUGUUAAUAAGUCUCUCUUGUUCUGUGAUCGAAAUGGAAAAUCAUUUCUUUAUUAUUUACAUGAUCUUCAAGUAGAUUUCCUUACAGAGAAGAAUCACAGCCAGCUUCAGGAUCUACACAAGAAACUAAUCACUCAGUUCCAGAGACAUUACCGGCUACGUUGUCUUUCACCAGAUCAGGAGGACUGCAUGUAUUGGUACAAUUUUCUGGCCUAUCACAUGGCUAGUGCUAAAAUGCACAAAGAACUGUGUGCUUUAAUGUUUUCCCUGGAUUGGAUUAAAGCAAAAACGGAGCUUGUAGGCCCUGCUCAUCUGAUUCAUGAAUUUGUGGAAUACAGGCAUAUGUUGGAUGAAAAGGAUGGUACAGUCUGUGAGAAUUUCCAGGAGUUUUUAUCUUUAAAUGGACAUCUUCUUGGACGACAGCCAUUUCCUAAUAUUGUACAACUGGGCCUCUGUGAACUGGAAACUUCAGAAGUUUAUCAGCAAGCUAAGCUGAAGGCCAAGCAGGAGGUCGAUAACGGAAUGCUUUACGUGGAAUGGAUAAACAAAGAAAACAUCAAGAAUCUCUCCCGCUUGGUUGUCCGCCCCCAUACAGAUGCUGUGUACCAUGCUUGCUUUUCUGAGGAUGGUCAAAGAAUAGCUUCUUGUGGAGCUGAUAAAAACUUGCAGGUUUUCAAAGCUGAAACAGGAGAGAAACUUCUAGAAAUCAAGGCUCAUGAGGAUGAAGUGCUUUGCUGUGCAUUCUCUGCAGAUGACAGAUUUAUAGCAACCUGCUCAGUGGAUAAAAAAGUGAAGAUUUGGAAUUCUAUGUCUGGGGAACUAGUACAUACCUAUGAUGAGCACUCAGAGCAAGUCAAUUGCUGCCACUUCACCAACAAUAGUAAUCACCUUCUCUUAGCCACUGGUUCAAAUGACUGCUUCCUCAAACUCUGGGCUCUGAAUCAAAAAGAAUGUCGAAAUACCAUGUUUGGCCAUACAGAUUCAGUCAAUCACUGCAGAUUUUCACCAGAUGAUAAGCUUUUGGCUAGUUGUUCAGCUGAUGGAACAUUAAAGCUUUGGGAUGUGAAAUCAGCAAACGAGAGGAAGAGCAUUAAUGUGAAGCAGUUCUUCCUAAAUUCAGAGGAGCCUCAAGAGGAUAUGGAAGUGAUAGUGAAAUGCUGUUCAUGGUCUGCUGAUGGUGCUAGGAUAAUGGUGGCAGCAAAAAAUAAAGUCUUUCUGUUUGACAUUCACACCAGUGGCCUGUUGGCAGAAAUCCACACAGGCCAUCAUAGCACUGUCCAGUACUGUGACUUCUCCCCCCAUAACCAUUUGGCAGUGGUGGCUUUGCCCCAGUACUGCGUGGAGGUGUGGAAUAUGGACUCAUGUUUAAAAGUAGCUGAUUGCAGAGGGCAUUUAAGUUGGGUCCAUUGUGUGAUGUUUUCUCCUGAUGGAUCAUCAUUUUUGACGGCUUCUGAUGACCAGACAAUCAGGCUCUGGAAGACAAAGAAAGUAUGUAAGAACUCUGCUAUAGCAUUAAAGCAAGAAAUAGAUGUUGUGUUUCAAGAAAAUGAAGUGAUGGUUCUUGCAGUUGAUGAUAUAAAACGUCUGCAACUCAUUAAUGGAAACACAGGUCAGAUUGAUUAUCUGACUGAAGCUCAAGUGAGUUGCUGUUGCUUAAGUCCACAUCUUCAGUACCUUGCAUUUGGAGGCGAAGAUGGAGCCAUUCGGAUUUUAGAACUCCUAAACAACAGAAUCUUCCGAUCCAGGAUUGGGCAUAAGAACACUGUACGGCACAUGCAGUUCACAGCUGAUGCAAAGACUCUUAUCUCAAGCUCUGAUGACUCUGCAGUUCAGGUAUGGAAUUGGCAGUCAGAGGAAUAUGUCUUUCUGCAAGCCCAUCAGGAAACUGUGAAAGACUUUAGACUCUUGAAAAAUUCAAGACUGCUUUCCUGGUCGUUUGAUGGAACAGUGAAGGUAUGGAAUAUUAUUACUGGAAGAACAGAAAAAGACUUUGUCUGUCAUCAGGAUACAGUUCUUUCUUGUGAUAUUUCUCCUGAUGCAACCAAGUUUUCUUCUACCUCUGCUGACAAGACUGCAAAGAUUUGGAGUUUUGAACUCCUUUCCCCUCUUCAUGAAUUGAGAGGCCACAAAGGCUGCGUGCGCUGCUCUGCCUUCUCUGUGGACAGUACCCUGUUGGCAACUGGAGAUGACAACGGAGAAAUCAGGAUAUGGAAUGUCUCAAAUGGUGAGCUUCUUCAUUUGUUUGCUCCGAUUUCAGUAGAAGAAGGAGCUGCUACUCACGGAGGCUGGGUGACUGACCUUUGCUUUUCUCCAGAUAGCAAAAUGCUUGUUUCUGCUGGAGGAUAUCUUAAGUGGUGGAAUGUUGUCACUGGGGAAUCCUCACAGACCUUCUACACAAAUGGAACCAAUCUUAAGAAAAUACAUGUGUCCCCUGACUUCAAAACAUAUGUGACUGUUGAUAAUCUUGGUAUUUUAUAUAUUUUAAAGAUUUUAGAGUAAAAUAGUUAAGCAGACAUGUAAGUUGAACUCUUUUAAUUUUGAAUUGGAAAAAAAAAUCCUAAUGAAACUGUAUUUCAACUUUUUAUAAAGCUGUGAAUUGUUUUGCAGUAUUGCAUUCAUUACGAAAGUGUUUGUGGUUGGAUGAAUAAUAUUAAUGUAGCUUUUCCCAAAUGAACACACCUUUAAUCUUAUUUUUCAUAAUCAUCAUUAUCAUUUUUAAGUUUGUCCUUAAGAUGCAAAUGAAAAUGUAAAUAUAUACCUUGUUAUACCGCUGGUAAAAUUCUCCCUUGAUGCAUUCAAAUUGGUUGACAUAAUUAGAAUAAUUUGAAGGAAAUAUAUAUUUUAAUAAUAUUAUUAUUCAGGCUGUGCCUCAGGGUAGUAGUGGCUUGAUUUCUGAACCACAUUUACCCGAAGGGGGUAUAGUUCUCCCAAAUAUAAUCUCAGAACUUAUUUGCACCCCUUAAAUUUGCUUUAAAAAUGUUGUGUCUACGGGCACAGUUUGCAAAAUUUUCUUUAAUUCACUUGAUAAGUGAGUCUUAGAUUUCAAAAGUACUCUCUGUGAAGCAAAAGUUACGUGUGUUGGAGUGAGUAGAUUUUGUUGGUCUACCUUUUCUCAUUAGCUGAUGGCAGCCCCGGGCUGGACCUGGCCUCUAGCUGUCAGUCUCCGAACUGGGCACUCUCCUGCUUUCUCUGGUUUUUUACAUACCAGACUUCCUACUUGACUGAACUUAACCUUUCUUAAUCCUCACUUUUCUCUCUUUUUUUUAAAGUAAUUGCUCCACAGUUAAAUGUUAGUAAAUCUGAAUAAUUGGGGAGGAGCCAAUUUUAAUCAUAAUUUUUAACAACAGAAUUUUUCCAAGAUAUAGAAAAUAGUAAAAAAUAAUUUUCUUCUAAUUCCAUUUACUUUUAGAUGAACGGCAUUGCCAGUGCUAUUCUCUUAGUGAAUUUCAAGAGAAUUCUCUGUGGUUUUCUACGAAUACUGGAAAAGUCAUUGUGACUGCAAGAUGUCACCUUUAACCUUCCAGCCAGUCUGUUUUCCUUCCUCUUCUCUCCCUCCUCCUCUCCUUCCCUCCCUCCCUCUAAGUUUAAUCAGGAAAGAUAGUUUAGACAGGGAAAAAGCAUAUCAACAUCAGUAACUAGCUUUUUUGAUUUCCUGAUUAGGAACUUUAAUUGUAGCUUAAAUCUAAACAUUUUCCCUGAAAUAUAUUGUUAAGGGAAAUGGUGAUAAAUUAGUAAUAGAUGUGGUUCUUACAUUAAAAAAACAACCAAAAUUCAAAAUUUUUUGUUGCUGCAACAAGAACUAAAUCAGAUGAGUAUUAGCGUUAACAGUAGGUAAGCACUGAGCCAGUUUCUAUUGUUGGUGCAUAUUAGUAGAUGUGGGGUGGGUAGGGGGGGAACAGACCACUCCAGAUGUAUUUUAGAUUAGAUGUUCCUAUUUAGCAUUUGAGGGAACCAUAAAGAGAGUGAAUAAAAUAUUUUACAUUGUUAAGGAGGUUUUGUUUUGUUUUGUUUUAUGGUGGGUUGAGGGAUUAAUUUAGGGGCUUACUGUGAUUUAAGCAAAUGUGACAUGAAAAUCUUAAUUUUAUAAAAAGAAAUUUCUGUAAAUGAUAUGUUCUGCUUAGAGUACCCAAAUCAUAAUUUGAUUUGCAUACAAUGUUUAGGAACUCAUUUAUAGCUCAGAGUAUAAAGUAUUAACUUUUGGAAUUAAAAGUCACUUGACUGUAGAAGUAUAACAACAAACAUCGGCUUUUAAAACACCUUGAUUGGCUCUUAUCUUACAAAUAAAUUAAAAAGAAAAAUGAGAAGAAAGACCAGGUAACAUGAGGGAAGAAGAAAAGCCUUUCAUAGCAGCUUAAGUGGCCAGUCAAGGGGAGGGUUUUGUUUUGUACUUUGGAUGAGCAUUUUUCAAGCAUUUCCCCUUUAUUUUUUUUUUUGUAUUGGAAAUACAUUGCAUGUUGUCUAUAUAAGAUUUUUUUUUUACAUUGGGUGUGCCUUGUAUGUUUUGAAAACUGUUAGUUUUGUAUUUAUGAUACAGCUUACAUGAUUUUUUUUGUGUCGGUAUGCAUUUUAAUACAUGAAUUUUAAACAUUUUAUAAAAAUAAAAUUUCUAAAAUAUUUUUGAAAAACA